AUGAUAAAUAUAAUUAACCAAAGUACUUUGCAUAAUCAUUUAUCAGACAUUUUUGAUAUAGUAAACAGUUGUGAUUGUCACAUUGAAUUAGUAGGUGAAUAUAACCAAUUUGUAAGUAAGCACAACAAGCAAAGUUUGCAAAAUACACAAGCUCAGAUAGAAGUAGCUAGUUUACAAACCCGUGCUAAAAAUUACUAUUCACAAUUGCUAGAUGUUCUAAUAAGGGCAGAAAGUAAAUUAGAUGAAAAGCAGCAAAAAGAGGAAAAUAAAAUCAGUAACAUUAAUAUUGCCAAAGAAAAUAUUGCUGCUACCCGGAAUGGCUUAAUAUAA